AUGCCUACGGAGUACACCGAGAUCGCUCUUGCAGUCGGAUACAUCUAUUUACUGCCCUUCUUCCUCGGCCCCAAGACUUCCACCGGAGAGGCCGAUAUCGCAGGCCCAAGGUCUACUUACCUACCAAGCUGGGUGAUAUGUCUUCCAAGUCGCGUUGAAGUGAGCAAGCCACUGAACGUCGUAAGUCUGACACCGCCUGUUGAUAUAGAGUUUAUGAUCGGCAUUCAACCCAGACAUUUCUCACAUUUACAGACAAAGUGGCGUGUAGAAGUUCCAUAA